GUCGCUGCCAUUAUGACAUCACAUCAGUCAACCAGGCCGAUUGUGCGUGGGUCGUGGAUUCUCAAAGUAGGCUAGUCCAGUUGAGAGAGUGCAUCCGGGCAGUCUACUUCUCAUUAUCUUGAAAUAUUUGUAUCUAACGGAAAAAUAUUCACCUGUGUGCUUCUGUUGUAAGCAUCCCUUGGACGGACUGGAGGAUUUGUAUACAUUUGAACAAGCUCCGAGAGAAGCGCGGUCGACGAAAGGACGUUUUAAUUAGACUUAUUAUUAGUUCUCGGUUAAGUUUUACUAGAGAAAAUACUCGGAUAUCAGAGCUUAACAGGCCAAUUGCUUUUGUCUACAAAGUACGAUUAAUUUAAAUCAGAUUUUUUGGUGGCGUACUGGGUUUUCAGGCGCACGGACAAGCAUGGCGAGAGGGGACGGUCGGAAUUGUCAUGACUUCAUAAAUAUAAUCGGACUGUUCAGCUUGGUCACGUUGCUGACUUUUCAAGGGGCGGAGUCUCAGCGGGUGAAGGUGGAUCCUGAGGUGAUGUCAUACCCGAGCCAGACGGUCACCCUGAGGUGUGCCUUCAUGGAGGUUGGAGGGAUACAGCUCACACAGGUGUCCUGGAUAUAUGAGACCAAGGACGGCCAGAGGAUUAACGUUGCUGUGUACCACCCUAACUUUGGACCCAGCUACCCCUCGUCCCCCCUGUCUGGGCGUGUCAACUUCACCACAACCCCGCCCUCCCUCCUAAGUCCUUCAAUCCAAAUCUCUGAUGUCCAGAUGACUGACGAGGGGAAAUACAUCUGUGAAUACGCCACCUACCCCAGCGGAAACGAGCAGGGCAUUACCACACUGGUCAUGCUAGCCAAACCCAGGAACUCCGGCUCUGUGGUUAAUGUAGUAGCCCCCUCUGUUGCCACGGGAGUCCAGCCUGUUGUCGUGGCUCGCUGUGAGUCGGCCGACGGUCGCCCCGCCUCCCAGAUCACCUGGGUGACGGCUGUUAACGGCAAUGCUACCUCUGUCUCUACGUCGGGCGCUAACAACACCGUGACAGUAACCAGCCAGUACAUGCUGGUUCCCACAGCAGCAGACAACGGCAGAGACAUCAGCUGUGUGGUGGCCCACCGGACCCAGGCCAAGCCGGACAGGAUCCCCAUGAAACUAGCUAUCGAGUUCCAACCCCAGGUAACUAUCGUAGGCUAUGAUGACAACUGGUACCUGGGUCGGACCAAUGUGGCCCUGACCUGUCAAGCGGCUGCCAAUCCCAUUCCAACCACUGUCACCUGGAAGACCAUGUCCGGUCAGCUGCCUGAGACAGUCCAGGUCAACCAAAAUGUGCUCACCGUGCUGAAGGUGGAUGAACUGGUCAACACCACCUUCAUCUGUGAGGUCAACAACAGACUGGGCACCGGCAAGGACCAGGUCACUGUGAUGGUCAGGGAACCCUCUGCCAUCUCAUCCAAUGCUGGCGUGGUGGCGGGUGCUGUGAUUGGCUGUUUCCUGGCCCUCCUCCUCGUCGCCGCUCUCAUCGCCAUCCUGGUCACCCGCAGUCGCCGGCAACAGCAGGGUUACCGCGGCAACCCCGGCUCCUAUGACAAGAACCUGCGCAUCUUUGGCGGCGGGAAAAAGUCUAGCAAGAAUGGGACGGGCGCUGGCGCCGGGGGCAACGGGGCGGGUGGCAACAACAAUGGCCCCAUCUACGUGUACAACGACAGUGCGCAACAGGGCCUGACUGAGAAGCCCAACCAUCAUGUGCCGCUGCACCUGGGUGGGCGUGGCGAGGAGGUGGUUACCACGGCGCAGGACAUCCUGCUGAGCAGCGAGCUGGACGAGGCUGAGAGGAGGAAGUUUGACGAGCUCGAUGACGAGGAGGAGAGGUAUGACCACUUCGGUGUGGGCGGGCCCAUACUGCAGCUCCGCCCACCCCACGACCAGGAUGGAAUUAUGGGCGGCUACCUUGACGACGACAUGGAGUCGCAGCGCGAUGGGUCGGUCAUCUCACGGACUGCGGUGUACGUGUAAACCGAGAACGAGAAGAGGAGGAGGAGGAAGAGGGGAAAUGGGGUUGGAAGGAGGAGGGGGAGUGUCUUGCUUCCAGUGGACUUGAUUGUUGGUUGAUAUGACACUGGAUACCACUUUUAUUUUUUCAAAAGAUUUUAAAUAUAUUUGGAAACAUCUCACAACGCAGCUUGGAGAGAGAGCAAGAUGAACUGGUUAAGGGAGGGAACAAAAAAUGGAAGAUGAGUAUACUGUCGAAGUAUGCUCCCUGUUCCCAAUAGGAAGAAAACACUCACAUGGUAACCAUCCUAAAAAACAAAAGUCAAAGAAAUGUUGAAACAAUCUUACACUGCUUCUCUGUCGUUGUGCUCUUUCUUUCGCUUGCUUUGGGACCUUUAAGAUUGACACUUCCUGAAAGAGACACAUAAAGUUGGGACUGUGGAGUUAAAAUUUUAUCUCUGUGCAGCUGUUCCUUCUCACUAAAAUGUUUCCUCACUUUUACUUAAUACACAGUAGCAUUGUAAGGGGUGUCACAAUGAAAUGGGCUACCUGCUGUUCCUGUGGGAGAGAUUUGUUCCGGCGCAACUAGCUGUGUGUUUCUACUGUAUGUGACUGGGGAGGUGUAGGCAGGGAAAGCGCUUAAUGUAGUUGUAGCAAAGUAUAGCGUCUGAAAGUUUGUAUGUUGAAGUAGGCCAUGCCAGUCUAGCCAUCACUCUCUCCAUCACUCUCUCCAUCACUCUCUCCAUCACUCUCUCCAUCACUCUCUCUCGGUCUCAUCACUCUCCCUAUUGUGCCAUGAACUGGACAUUUUGUUUUGGACAUAAUGAAACUAUGAACUAGGUAGUGAAGAGUGGCAGUUAUCAAGAUGAUGGUUGAGGGAAUAAAGUGUCCCUCCUGUCAUCCCUGAAGAAACUGGUAGAGAGGGAUGAUGAAGGGAUGAUUCCAGUUUGGUCAUGCCUGAAGAGACUGGUAGAGAGGGAUGAAACUGAGAUGGUUCCAGUCAUCCCUGAAGAGACUGGUAGAGAGGGAUGAGGAUGACUUGAUGGAUGGAUCUGAAACAGGGAUGUUCUUUCCCAGGAAGAGUUCAAUUGCCAACAAGCCAUUAAAACACUACAGAGCUCAUUGGCCGCUUUGACCAAGCAAAGUGCCUGCGAGGCUGAAUAAACCUGGGUCAGCUAGUGGGUCCUGGCCAGCCAGCGGCCAUGGGGUCAUACUGUGCACUGUCCCGCUGUGAUCAUGUCCCUUUAACAUUGUGCUGAGACGGCCCCCGUGGGGGUCAGCGAAGCACUCACAGUGCGUGAUCACACGCCUCCUGUGACCCAACGAUGUAUCGCUAACAGGGUUACUGGCUCUCCUGUGGUUGGCCGGUAUGACAGGUGUGUGUGUGGGGGGGGGGGGGGGUCACAGUGGAGGAAGGAGAGGGACAGGAAGGGAAAGAGGACGGCCAAGAUUCUGACGGAUCGCUGCGCAUGUUUCCUAAACAUUAGUACUUGACAAAAUCACUGCCUGAGUCAGAGUUGAUAGUAUUUAACCUCAGAAUAGGCAAAUAUCUCCGUCCUACAGUCACCCUGUAGAUUCAGCCCACACACCUCUAAUGAAUUAUACGUCAUGACUGCUUGGAAAACAUAGCUCCUAGCUUUGCACUUGUGCCCGCUACUUGUGUUUGUAUGAAAGUGGUUGUCUGAAGAAAUAUUGAUAAUGUGCUUGGGUUUGUAAUGUGUAUAAAUGGGAGCAAGGAAGCUGAGUUGUGUGUGUAUAUUUUGCUGUGCAGUUCAUGUAUACAGUACUAUAGUGAAUCUUUUUUUUUUUGUCAAACUCCUGUGAAAAAUGUGUAAAUAAUGUGUGUAUAGAGUUGAUGAAGGAGCUGUAUCUGGCCACGGUCAGCCCAGAGGGGCUAACAGCACGGGUGAAAAGUGACCCUCACAGCAGGAGCCAGGUGCCCAAGUCUGCUGAAAACAUUUAAUUCAGACACGUUGCAAUGCAUUGAAUUCUAUUUCGACACAUCUUUUCUAUCUGCGUUCCUGCCAAAACACUGGAGAAGAGAAGUCUGUUUCUGGACGGUGAACAGGGUCAAGGUAAACUCUUAUCAACUGUGCUGCCUUGAGGGACAACACGACCGAGUGGAGCAGAUCACUGUUUGAGGAGGAAUCCCCUCCCUCUCUGCUUUUGUGCGCUCACUUGACGAGACUGUGGCCUGCUUAACAGAAACCCCUUGCUGUAGUUGACUUGCGUCAUGGUUCAGCUAAGAUCAAAGUAUCAAUCCGAGCCAGUACUGCUGUACUGAGAAUGUAACCCCUUUAAACAGAACACUCUUCGAUGACAUUGCCUAGGAUGGAUGAUGCACAUGAAUCUCCAGACAAUGGCUGACUGACAACAGGAUCACAAGUGAACUGACUGGAUUGGCUGGGCAACCAACAUACUUAAGAUGGCUACACACACACACACACACACACACACACUUUAAUCAGAUAGAACAUGUCCUUUGGAGGCAGUGAUCUGUGCUGUCUCUGAGUCAGUGCUGUGUGUGUAGCUCAGGGGCUUUGGGACAUCUCUGUGCCAGAGGGAGUGUAACCUGAAUGGUCACUUCCUGCCCCCUUUGUCUCUUCGAGGUAGAGGACAUAUUACUGUACGCUGUCCCCUGCAGCCUGAUCUCACACACACACACACACACACACACACACACACACACACACAGGGAAACAGCAAGACAUGCCUUCCCCCAAAUUAAUACCUACACACACACCUUUAGUUACAUUGAGCAAAACCAUUCCAACUGUAAUGGUCCCUGACACCCACAUUAAACUCUGUCAGAACGUUCACACAACCAUUCUGUUCUCCAGAGGCGGAGGGGUGUAUGCUUGUACUCACUUUCCUCUUACCCAAUGUUAGGGAUUUAAAGAAAAUGCCUUUUGAGAACACUUUGUGAGAAUGCUCUGUGCCGUUUUCCCUCUCUCUCCCUUUCUGAGUGCAAAGCUUUCACUAAAAUACCCAAUUUGCCAAUUCCUGACCUCCACUGACUAGUCUUAAACUAAAAGGCUUUUAGAAAAGCACUAACCAACCGAUCUCUUUACAGCAGGUUUUGUGUUUUUUUCAGGAAAUCUACUUCUUUUGACCUUCACCUCUGCUAUCUGGCACAGAGGUUUUAAAAUGAGAACGCUUUUAGGAAAUUCACUAGAUUUUCUAGAACUGGGACUAGCACAACAUGAGGUUUUACUGAGUAUUUUUAGAUCAUCUCCAUCAUUGUCCUGGGGCUCUAAACGCUGACUAAUCGAAGCCUUCAUUUCCUUGUCGCCUCGAUCACUCAGCUAUGAAACCACGCCCCCUGACAUGUACAUAGUAUAGAUAUAUAAAUACAGAAUCUAAUGAAGGAGGCCAUUACUAAUGUAUGGUACUGCAUCUCAGCAGCAGGCAUAAAGGAUAUUCUCUUCUGUAUUGAUGUUCACUUGACAAACCCUUAUCUUUCUCUUUUUGCAGUGCUUUAUAAUUAUGUUUCUGGAGUGCUUUAUUUCUCGACUGCUUUGCUGUGAUUUACUAGGCCAAACACGCUCACAACCUUUGGCUGGACGACAUGGUGCAUGGUGCCAGCUCAACAAUCUUAAUACAAAAUGGGCUUUUUAUUCGCUGUCUUGUGUGAACUUGUUUUAUUUAAACAAAAAAUGAAUCAUUUGAAAACUUGCUGUGACUGUCUUUCUAUUUUCUUUUUGUAUUUGGUUGCCAUUAAAGUUCUCUUGAUUUUUAAACGGUGAA